AUGUAUAGAGAUUUAUCUGAGAGAAUAUUAGGAAGGUAGGAAUCUACAUUAAGUUUUCAUGCUCCAUAAACACAAGAAGGAAUGAGACCAUAAAUUCUAUAAAGAGUUAAUUAAAACUUGAUCUUUGUGAUCUAUGUAGUAAGUUAAUUGCUUCAAUUAAUGAUUGGAUAUUCACUAGUUUAAUAAAUAGAUAUUAUUACAAUAGCUACUUAAAGAUGCAUAAUUACAAUUAUAUUGACACUACUCUACAUUUAAUUUUUUGAUAAUUCUUAAUUUUCUUUCGAUCAAAGCUACAUAAAAGUGUUUAGUGUUAUGAGUGGAGCUUAAGUUUUAGCAUCUCUAAUGGGAUUACUUGCUAUGUAAACAUUCGUUUUUUCAGAAGUAUGUACAUUCCAUCAAUUAACUGCAGGAUAUAUUUUAGUUUUAUAACAUUUUCUGAUUCAACCAGGAAACAAUAUAAAUUUAUUGCUAUCACUUAUUUAAACUAUUUCAACAAUUUUAUUUAGUGGAAAUCUUUUAUAUAUUUUUGUUUGUCUUUUAUAACCAUUGAGUCUAGCUUUAAUAUAGACACUCAAAUAUUUGAUGACCAAAUAAAUGCAAUAGUUUUCUUUAUUAUUAUACACUAACUUAAUUGGAUUACCAAUCUAUAUAUUAUUAAGUUUAUUUAGCGGAGGUGUUUAAAAUGUUUUUGAUAUGACAUUUUUUAUGUAAAAAUAUUAAAUAAUUUAAGUGAAAUUUUAGUAAUGUGUAUUCUUUAAAUGCUUGCUUAUUUAGCAAUGAAUGAAUUGAUUAAUUAAUAGUUAUCAAGUAUGUAUGUUUGGGCUUUAUCUGGUUGUGUAACUAUACUCUCUUUAAUCGUGUAAUUGGGAUAUCAUUAAGUUUCUUUGGGAUUUGGAUCGUUAUCAGUGAUUCUAAUUGUAUUUACAUCCAUAGGUAUGCAUAGACAGACUUGA